AGAGGAAGAAGAAGAAAAAAUUCUACUGCUACCGGAGAAGAGAUGGCGAGAGGAAGCGCCGUGGCGGUGGUGGCCCUGGCCGUAGCGGCCGUCCUCCUCGUCCUCCACGCGGAUGGGGCGGCGGCGGCGGGGCCGAAGAAGCCGGCGACGGCCGCGAGGCGGGAGGACGUGCCGUACAUCCGGUGCCAGGUCUGCGAGCGGAUCGCCAGGGAGAUCUCCGCGCAGGUCGCCCGCAAGCAGCAGGCGCUAUCGCCCUCCAAGAAGGUGCCGGAGAUCGAGAUCAUCGAGAUCGCGGAGAAUGUGUGCAACCUGAAGAAGCAGGAGGCGGACUGGAUGCUCCGGAUCGACAUCGUCGAGAAAGGCGACAGGCUCGAGCUUGUUGACCAAGAUGAGGAAGGGCAUUGUAAUUCUGAAUGCAAGACCAUUGAGCGUGCUUGCCAGGAGGUUAUGGGGUAUGCUGAUACUGAUGUUGCUGAGUUUGUUUACACAAACAAGCCUUCACUUGAUCAGCUGGUGAAAUUUGUGUGCAAAGAUAUUACCAAAGCAUGUGCUGUGGAUCCACCAUCAGUUCCAAAAGAUCGGGUACCUGGAGAACCCUUCGCUGCGAAGCCAUCAAAAGAUGCCGAGAUGGAGAAGAUAAUGAGAUCAAUGGGGGAUAUUCCGGGAGCCCCAAGCAUGAAGAUGUACUCUAGAGACGAUCUAAUGCAGAACAACUUUGGUGCUGGAGGUGAUGAUGAUGAAGAUGAUGACGAAGACGAUGAAGAUAACUUUCCCAAGAACCUGGGAAAAGCUCUAAAAGAUAAGCCUCCACAAAAGAAUGAUAUUAAAGAACAGGUUGUGAAACAGAUCAAAGAUACAGGCAAAAAAUUGAAAGGUCAUGUGAGCAAGGUGUCGAAAGUGGUUAAAAAAUGGUGGCAAGCCAAGAAGCCCACGAAAUCUGGCAAAUCGGAGCUAUGAACACCGCAGUGCUCCCAAAUUGUUUCAGUAAAUCAGGUUUCAAUCCAGGACUUGGGUAGAGAAGAGCUGCAUAAACGUGUACAAUGAAUUUAAGACACUGUUAGUGUACACUAGCAAGUAGUAUAACAAGUGGACUCUGUUGCAGAAGCAUGCUGAUUCAUGAGAGGCAGUCACUGCUCAAGUCCCAAAUGAUUUUUGGUACCAUCUUAUACGCUGUAAAUGAACGGCCAUGCCAUUAAAUUAGAUCAUUGGCUGUCUUAUGGCUUCUUCUCA